CUCGACGCGCUCCGCGCGGAGAUCCUCGCGGCGGCUCCGCUCGCGCCGCUCGCCGACGACGGCGGCGACGACGUCGAGGCCUGGAACGCGCUGCUGGCCGAGGCGCCGGGCGAGACCUGGCUCUCGGCGCCCUGGCUGCUGUCGGAGUUCUACCUCUACCGGCGCGUCGCGGCCGCGACGGCGUGGUUCGGUUCGGCAAACGCUCCGGACGUCUUCGACAAGUCGAAGGCCGCGGGCCUCGCGUCCGCCGGCGCGACGCUCGACGCGCUGGGCGAGCGGUGCGCCGCGCUGCUGGCGGACCCGGGCUCGUCGGCGCUCUUCCUCUCCAUCGCGCUGUGGGGGAACCGCAUGGACCUGUCGCUGUGGCCCGCGGGCGCGAACGUCGCCGCGUCCGCGGAGGCCUUCGACGGCGUGCUCGACGCGUCGCAGAAGCAACUGCUGGCCGACGACACGCCGGCGGUGCUGGAGCUGUUAGAUCAGAUGCGCGCCAAGGGGGGCGGGGUCGUGGAUCUCGUCGUCGACAACGCGGGGUUCGAGCUGUGUACGGAUUUGCUCCUCGCGGAGCACCUCGUCGCGUCGGGCGCGGCCAAGACCGUGCGCUUCCGCGUGAAGCACCACCCGACCUUCGUCUCCGACGCUCUGGAGAAGGACGUCGACGGGCACAUCGCGAGCCUGGCGUCGGGCGCCUUCCCCGCGGCGGCGCGCGUCGCGGAGGCCUGGCGCGAGCGGCGGGCCUCGGGCGCCUUCGCCUGCUUCGCCGAGCCCUACUGGGCCAUGCCCUACGCGCUCUGGCGCAUGCCGAGCGCGCUGCGCGACGAGCUCGCGUCGACGAGCGACCUCGUCGUCGUCAAAGGCGACGCGAACUACCGCCGCGCGCUCGGCGACCGGCCCUGGCCGUUGGACGCGCCCUUCGCCGAGGUCUGCUCCUACGCGCCGGCGCCCCUGCUGUGCCUGCGCACGCUGAAAGCGGAGCUGGGCUGCGGCAUGGCGCCGGAGAAGACGGCCGCCGCCGCCGCGGACGACGUCACGUGGCUCACGGACGGCAAGUGGGGCGUCGUGCACCUGGCGCCCAAG